AUGCCCGCAUGGAAUGUGAACGUGACAUUCGGCGGCGAGAAGCGGAGAAGAUGCCUUAAAGUUGCCGUGCUGGGUCUUGGUGCCUGCAUUAUCUGGCCCUCGUGGCCGUGCGGAGGCUUUGUGAACUCUGCGACGUCGGCUCCCAGAGGUGAGAUACGCUCCAGAGCAUCUGACCUGCGUGUCACGUUGCCUGCGGCAGCAGUCUUGGACCUUGGCACUGCGCCAGCAGAACCGUCAGCCGUUCAAAUUCUAGUCCCGUUGCUUUGUGCAAUAAUUCCUGUCGCAUAUUGGUGGUACGUCCUUGUUCCCUUCAAGCGGCGUGAAUUGGCUUCAAGCAAGCGCAAGGGCGACAUGAAAGAGUAUCUUCAAGACUUGGCCACAGCGCCCGUGCGGGAAAGAAAGCCUGAGAAGUGGCUCUUUGACAAGUAUUUGCGGGAGGCGAAACUUAUAGAAGCUGGCGAGGCAUCUGGGCUCCCAAAGGCGGUUCAGACCGUAGAAGCUGGGCUGCAGCAGCAGCUUCCAGGUGGUGGAUUCUGGAGCUUUGAUAACCCAAUUUUCGUUUGCUUGGUGAUGCUGUUGAUUUUCUGCGCCACGCAGGUGGCAAUGCACAGUUUGGUGUCCGCGUGA